UGUUUAAUAUACAUAUAUUUGAUGUUAGAGAAAAAAAAUUUAAUUGUGCGAAUUUUCUAAAUUUACAUCUUCCCUCCUUUUCUCUCCGAUGUCUAUCUCCCCUCCCUCGCCAUCUCUUUCCAAUUACAGAAAAAUGUAGCGCGGCACAACCGUAAAGACCUUGCGGUUUGUGCCGCGACUGCAUUGUAGGUAUAAAACUUGAAAAUCUGAGGUAUACGAAUGGCCGGAUUGUAAUCUCGUAAUAUCAUGAAUUUCAAAAUAGGUUCCAAUUCGCCACGACUCGCUAAUAGCAGUGCUCGAGGAUGACUUCGUUCGGUCGCGGUCGCGGAUGGUCCGCUCAUAGCCAAGAUCAGAAUCUGCGUAGACCGAGUGGCGUGCUCGGUACCAAUAAAAUCGUGAGAGAUAUAAUGGACAAGAUAGUUUCAUGCGACGAGAAUGAAUGUUUAUCGUCGCAAUUAAUGAAUGAGAUCGUAGACUUGUUGAUCGUCGCAUAUAAAGAGGAAAAUCUGAGGCACGUAUGCAAUUCUAUCUGGAAGCGGGCCAUGUAUCAGCAUACCACAAGGAUAGCAAUGAUAUUCAGUAACAAUAAGAUCGCUUUGUUGGAAUGUGGUACCACCAAUUUACGAGGCAACUUCUUACGUUUCUUACAGGAAAAUUACAUGUCUAAAGAAAUAUAUAGAGAGAAUAAAGAGACAUUUGCCAAUAAUGUUUUGCUUCAUGCAGAGGUUUAUUAUCAUAUGAGAAUGAGCAAUGGAAGUAGAUUGGAGAUAUUAGCUGAACCAUUGAUUCAAUACAUGAAAGAUCUAUUACAAGAUAAUCCCCAGGAUACUACUUAUUUUAUCAUGAUACAGAUUCUUAGAUCUGGCAAGGAUCUUAACAUGGCAUGUCCAGAGGAAUUAGAAAAUCUAAUAAUGACAAUUAGACAAUUGAUAGUAAAGGAAAACUUUCACAAUCCUGAAAACAAUGCAGCAUUAUUAUUAAUUGUAGAGUUAGCCAAUAAUGGCUAUGAAAUUAAGGAUACACAAGUGCAACAUUUCUAUCUCUCUAAUAUCAAGUCUAUUUCCUUUGAACAUCCGUUUUCUCACGAAGAAUUAAAGGUGAUUGCGACGAAAAUUGAAAAUGAUAAUCAAUUAUCGGAAGUUGAUAACAUUCAACGAAUUGUAAAAGAAAAAAUGAAAAAUGAUACGUCCGAAUAUAGUAGUUAUUCGAAAAAUUCUAACGUUCCGAGAGCGAUACGUGGUUCGGGCGCAUUAGAUAAAUCAAAGAAAGGAAUGAAUAUUAACGCAAAAUCAAAUUCAUUAAGGACAACAAGAGAAAGAAACAAGAAUUGGGGUCAUGACGAUAGGUUUCACGAGCAUUAUGAAUAAUUAUGAUCUUUGCAAAAGUUAUUAUCAACUAUGGUGCAGAGAAUAAAUAUAGUUGUAAAAGAGAUUUUUCCAGAAAGAUCAUGGAUUUAUAUAUAUGUAUACACGACAUAUAUAUGUCAUAAUUACAAUCAAAGAAGAAAAUCAUUGGAUCCUUUUUUUUUCGAUAGAAUGUGUAAAAAGAAUAAUCUCAUUUUUCUAUUUUAUCAUUAAGAAAUCAUGGAAUGUAAUGUGUCUUGUUAUCACCUCACUUGUUUUUACCUCAGGUAAAAUUUUCAGAUAAUACAUUUUAUGAGAUCAAUCUUGUCAAAGGACAACUUGUAAUAGAAAAUGAUAAGCUUUAUAAAUAAGCUGGGGUUUAGGAACAAUGUACUCUAUAUUGUUAGAUACUUAACGAUAUUGUCUCUGUUUAAAAUAUCAAGACAAUCAAUAAUCACAAAAA